AUGGGAAUGGUGGUAGUGGUGAUGGUCUUACCAACUUUGAAAAAGUUGAUUGAGGAGGCUAUAGGUAAAGCUUAUGACUCUCUAAACAAGCAAUACCCUCUCGCUAAUGCUUCUUCUAAUGUCGCCUCGUCUGGCGCCUCGGCUCCUUUGCCUGCUAAGCCUACUGUGUCUGCCAACUCGUCCCUUAGUGAGAAAAUUAAAAAUGAAAUUGAACGUGUUAACAACAUUAAAAAGUCUCUUGAAACUAAGCAAACUAGCCAAAAUAAUCCUCUAACUGAAGAAGAUUCCAAGCGUUUAUCUGACUGUCAGUCCAAGUUGUCUGCUUUGCAGACUGUGCAUAAGCUUGCUGAAUUUGCUGAAUCACUUAAUAAAACUAGUGAAAAUAAUAAUAUUUUAACACAUUUGUGUACUGGCCUCGAGACUUUCCUCGGCUUCAACUCUGCUUCCAAAGGCUACGAUGGCAGUGGCAUUGUGUACUCUGACCUGGACAGGCUGUGUGACGGGGUGAUGGGAUUUUUGUAUCAGGUGCUUAAGGAUGUCAGCGAGAAACAGCCUUACAGUGUGGGUAAAAAUGACUUAAAACAGUUUGUUGAGAGUGAAUUAAAGCCUAAAUUAUGCACCGGGCGUAAGGGUUUUAGUGUCAUUGCGCAGGUGGCGCAGAGGGUGCGGGAGUAUAAUGAGAGUGUUAGAAAGGGGAACGAUGAUAUGCAAAGCGUUGUAACUAAAAUGCGAAAUCACGUUGAAACUGAAUUAACAAAAAAGUUGAACGCCAUAAAUGAAAAUAAUCUCACUCAUGACCCUUUACUUUCCAAGGCCGUGGAGUCAGCCCAGGCCCUGGCCAAGGAGUACGGUCAAAAAGGUGAAGACUUUAACAACGGUUUCAAUAACAUAACAAGAGACGAAUUCAGUAGACGUUCCAAAGUUGAACUCAAAGAACAAUUUAAGGACUUAAACUCUGACUUGAGAUCAAAAAUCAACAACGCCAGGGACAACGUGUCGCAUGAAGCCAAUAGGCUUACAACGUUGUCGGCCACGCAGAAAAGAAAUUUGGAGGAGACGAUUGAAUUGAUAAAACAGACGUGCACAUCGCUUAAGAAGUGCGUGAAUGAUAAGAUCAACAAAGACGUUACUGAACUAAUGAACAAUGUGGAGAAGAGGGUUGCAGAAAUUUUGAAGGUGCUCAAAGAGAUUGAAAGUAAGAUAAGAGAGUAUAUUGACGAUUUGGCAAAGUGGAUUAACCAUGCGGACAUAGACGUGGGAAAGGCAAUGAAGGAUAUGAAAGGAAUUAUUGAUAAAAGUAUCGGCUGGCAAAAUCAGGAUGAAAUCAGCGGCAAGGCAAAAGACUUGAGCAAAAAGGCUACUGAUCUUUACUGGAAAUUUGAGGGUGCAAAACGGUCAGUUGAGGAGGGAGUUGAUAAGGCCAAAACGGAAAAAGUUAACGAGUUGACCAAGUGGAAAGCAGCGGGCGACGCAGCUGUUAAGCAGGCGAAGGAGAAGUGUGAGAAGGUGGUUAAAAAGUUGAAUGGAAGAGAUAAAGGUGCAAGUGCGGAGGGGGGAAGACAAAAAGUGACCGACUCGGCGCAGAUAUUGCAACAAAAAGCGGACGAAUUACGAAAGAAGGCGUUAGAUGCUAAACAGAAAGUUACUACAUUGGUCAGGGAGGCAUUGACGGCAGUGAAAACGAUGGACGAUGCGCUGAAGAAGAAUCUACUCCCCGCGGCGAUCAAAAAGAUUGAAAACGAUCUGAACAAAAAUGCAGAUUAUUUGAAAAAUGUUGACAACGAUGGAAAUGGCGAUCAAAACUUCCACAACACAACCUUCUCCACCCUGCGCUCCACCGUCGACACCAAUCUCGACAAAUUCACUGAAGCCGUUGAGAAGCUUGUUAAAAAGGAUGAGGUGAAUUCUACCGUCAAUGGUUACCUGGAGGAUAUUGAAAGGAUGCUAUCAAACACCGAAACGGUCAACCUCACCGCCGCUGAAAUGACUGAUCACACCUCCGUCAAAGGCUUCGUGACGAUCAAAGGCGAAAUCGACGCCGCGCUCGAAGGAAUUAAAGCUAAGGCUAAUUCGGAUUUCGACGCUGAAAAAACAGCUACACAAAAUGCACAAAUAUUUACAACUUUGUCCGCCGAAAUCACAUCCAAUCUCGACAAGCUUAAGACGGCGAUCUCAGAAGCUGGCACAAAAGUCAAAACACAGUUGGAGGCGAUUCAGAGAAACAUCGGCCGUAAAGAACACGGUGACAAAUCUGCGGCUACUAGGGGCACACUCCAAAAAAUCCACGACGACAUCGUCAACGUGCUUCGCGAUCAACUGGAACCUGUCAUCACAUCGGUCACUGAACUACAACGAUUCGCCCAAAACGAAAAGUAUAAAUGCAUCAGCAGUAUACACGGUUUCGUCGACAAGGAAGUCCAAGAAGCAACCAACAAGCUCAUCACCCAGGCCAACAAAAACUACGUGACGUCCGUCAAAGACAUGCUGCAGGCCUUCGCCGACAAGGUGCAGAGGGAACUAAAGCUCCUGCCCGGCGAGAUUGACACCGACAGGAAGCACGGCUUUAAGGGUUUCAUGCGGACGUUGCAGGGGAGGAUUAAUGGUAAUGAUACGUCGAAUGUGAAUAUGCAAUUACUUAAAGAAGUUGCAGACGAACUAUCCCGGCCACCACUGGAUAAUAAAGCAACGUUUCAAAAGUUGUCCAAGAAUUUCCAAAAGUUUUUCUGGCCGCUUAAGGCAUAUAUUAACGGUGAAAUUAAGAGACUACAUAACGAGGAAAAUAAAAAGAACCAAAAGACUCCAACUGAAGAGACGCUAUACACCUCGAUGCUUGGUGACAUCAAUGCCUCAUUUAAUGACUUACUUGAUCACCUCAAGGAAACAAAUAGGUACGAUAGUCAGGUACCUGAGAUGCUCGAUAAGUUGAGUGGCGCGAUCAGCAAAAUGAAACCGGAAGACUUCUCUAAGCCAAACACUCCGACAAUGGACAGUGUCACCGGAGGUUUGUCCCAGUUUGUAGACGAAUUGAGGAAGGUUUACAUAAGCGUGUAUGAUCAUCAGACGUUGAAAGGCGAGCUAAUUAAAGACUAUAAACAAGAAUCUAGUCUAAGGGGGGUAGUGGAGAAGUAUGACUUGACUGCGGAAGGAAGGGAUUUGUCAAAAGUCUUCCUCACCAUGAUCUCAAUCAUGUCUAACGAUGUUAGUGAAAUGCGAUCAAAAUGCGUCUAUUCAUGGAAAACGUUUAAACUUAACUUACAUGACAAAAAUAAUCCUCUCGGAUUGUGCUUUAAAGGGGUCGGUUACGCUGUAUCAGAUUCUGCCAGAAUGCAAAACGGUGAACUGCGUAAUGAAAUGAGUUGCCAAAGUAUUAAUGAGAAAUUAAAAGCAAUGGUCAACGGAAGUGAGAAGCUUAAACAAGUCAAACAUUGGCUGUCAUCUAACCACAAUCGUGAUAAUGGCGAUGAAAAAACUAUCAGCGCAAUUGACAUACUUGACUUCCUGUAUGAUUGCCUUGAAACGUAUUACCGUGUCUGCCACGUAACCAGUUCCUCAACCGGCAGACAUCCAUCGUCCGUCUACGAUAUGCUGCUUUGGCUGACUGGUCUCACGCAUAAUCGCGUGUACACAGAACUGACACUCAACGGCUUCGAAGAUCUAUUUGAAAAGCCGGACGAAGGUGCCGUUGAAGCUAAUACGGAAGACGGUAUAGCUGUUGGUGUUGAAAAAGAAGUAUCCCUGGCAGCCUAUCCUCACGAUAUCACGGCUCCAAGAUUAUCGGCCAGCCUUCGCGAUGUUUGUGUCUACUCGGAGACCAUACUAGUUGCCGUACUAGGCUAUGGUCACGCAGAAGGACGUUACGCUUGCGACUUCAACACCAACGCAGAUAAAUUUGCAUAUCCCGCCGAUAUGAUAACACUAGUAUGCUGCUUGUUUGAUAUCGUGACACGCGUUCACCAUCAACUUUAUUUCCUGUAUCGUCAAUGUUAUUCCAGUGAUCUCAGCGGCUGGGCCAACUGCUGGUAUGGUCGUGAUAUCGGUGGGUCUAACUGGAAGUGCAACAACAUCCAAUGCCCUGAGCAACGUGCUGACCAAAGUCAUAACCAAAGUUGUAACCAAAAGUGCAACCAAACAGUCAACUGCGGGCUUAAGUCGCCGCUUCAAUCGUUUUUAGAAGAUGGGUUGCAGGGUUUCCUACCGCAUCAUCUAAAAUUCGAGAAAGGUAAACUGCAAUGUUCAUUAAAAAAUCACUCCGGUGGUCCUUGUAAUACGCCCAUGGGAUUCGGAGAAAUUAGUCAAAUGGCGUCACACAGAUACACUGGUGAACAUAUAUUGAAUACGCUUCAUGAAUUCUGCGGUAGCAAAAUGUCGCCUCUAACAAAACUCUGCAGUCAACUCAAAUGCAUCCUCCCUAGUGCACCGAAAACUUUAGGUGACAUGUUCGCUUUCUAUUGCACUCUGCUUAAUGAGUGGGACAAGGCUGCCGGAACACGUCAGAUGCACAGGGAAGACGCAUUCCAUAAAGCUGUCAUGGAUUCUAACUUCGAGAAUCCCCAAACCGAAUUGGACAUCACUACCAUAUUCAAGCACAGGGACCAUGGCACGAAGCCCCCAAGCCAGAAGAGCUCGCAUAUUACGGGCGAUCUAUACGCACUUGUUGAUUGCCAUACCAAUUCAUCAUCUGUUUCAUCUCAUCCUUGCGGUCCAUACUUGAGGCCGAUUUGUCAAGAUAUGUGCGCUACUUUCACAAAAGAAAAUGCAGACAAAUAUCUGUCUUGGAUUGUCUACUGCACAGAGUCAUUCCUUGAUUUGCUAAAACAGCUGUACAAAGAAUGCGCUACUAACUGCAAUUCUACUGGCUCUAGGUGCCGUGUCAGUAAAUGUAGGAAUAAAUGUACAGCAACUGAGUUGCCGAUGUCUCCAGGUUCUGCUCAUGAUGAAUCAUGUGGAUCCAUAGUUGACUGCAAAUUCAUGCGUCCCACUUUCUACAAAUAUGGUUUCGUACUUGGAGAUUGCAAUAGUCUAUCUGCCAAGACAACCAAGCGCACGUGCAAAGAUUUGUGUAUGGUAUUGAAAAGCGUUACCAAUGAAAAAGAAGUAGAUGGGCAUCCGCUUGCCAAAUUGGUCCAUGUCACAAUACCCCAAUUCAUCUUCCAAAUUCGCGCCCCCUUCAUCUGGCUCAACGUAGCGCUCUGGCUCCUCUCUGUCCUGUACCUCAUCCACAUCAUGGUCAUCCGCCUCGACCUGCUCCACAUCAAAUCGCAUUUGCACUCACCCUCAUCACAUCGUAUCGCCGCUCAGUCACUACUUGCUGCUGCUCGCGUUAACAAGCUUAACAGGGUGUUUUAUCUGCAACCAUAA